AUUAGUGCUGGAAGCACAAUGACAGACAGUGAAAAUCAAUUCGACGAAUCAAUGGCCAUACAGGGGAACUUUUCAUUUAUGGCUUUACUAAAUGGAGAACUUGAUAUGAACUAUUCAUCUUCAGCUACACAUAUCCAGGGAGAAGCACACUUGCAAGCUGAAAGAACCUCAGGGACAUCGACACAUCAACAUGGCCAGAAAAAUACUGAGCAUGAGGAGCCUGAAGAUAUUCCAUGGGAGACAAGUUUCUUUAAUGACAUGCAACUUGACGAGGUUGUUCAUGAAGAUGACCAAGGAGAGGGGGAUAAGCAGGACUUCGACCACACAUGGUAUCUGGACAGAAGUAAUGAUAACAAUGGCGAAGCUGAUUCUGCGAGAAAAAGAAAUUCAGAUAGAUCAGAUGAAAAAGGACAGGGAGAAGACAAAUACAUAACUGAAGAAGAUAUUGAGAUAUUCCUAGAGAAUGACGAGUCGGCAACAGAUCAAAACAAUGAGCACCCAACUCAAAACACUAGUCCAACGCUAGCAGAAGAACUAAAGCCAGAGAAGGGGAUGGAAUUUAAAUCAAGAGAGGAUGCUCACAGGUUCUUGAACACAUAUUCUUAUGCUGCUGGCUUUUCAAUUGCUGUGGCGUCAGUGUACCGUACGACAAGCAAGAAAAGAAACAAUGAGAUAACAAGGGCAACGAUAAAAUGCAGUAAACAUGGACAUAACACAGAGGCUGAACAUGAACAGGUUGUGGCACAGAGACAGACAACAGUGUUUGUUAGGACUGAUUGCAAGGUGGAGAUGGUAAUCAAUGAAAAAAAUGGUAUUUGGAAGAUAACAAACCUGAAACUUGAGCACAAUCAUCCUCUUGAACCAGGGAGUAGGUUCUUCCGAUCACACGUCUACAUGAAAAAGGAGGAGAAAUCGAUAAUAAGAACUAUGAAACAAUGUAACAUUCCAACUAGACUUAUUGUUUCAGUUCUUGCACACAUGAGAGGUGGCAUGGAGCAGCUUCCAUACAACAAGCGCAAAGCCUGUAACUAUGCAUCAACAGUUAUCAGAGAGCUAAAACACUCUGAUCUCAUGGAGGUUCUCGCAUGGUUCAACAAGAAACAAGCUGAAGAACCUGGCUUUUAUUACUCUUUGGAUCUAGAUGGAGAGAACAAAGUUAAAAGCAUUUUCUGGUCUGAUGCAAGGGCGAGACAGUACUAUCAACUAUAUGGAGAUUGCAUAUGCUUUGACACUACGUUCUUGACAAACAAGUACAAUUUACCAUUUGCUGCAUUUGUUGGAAUAUCACCACAUGGGAAAACAUAUUUGUUUGCUUGCGGAUUCAUCAUAAACGAACAAGCAAACUCAUUUGAAUGGUUAUUCAGACAAUUCCUAACAACAAUGGGUGGCAUACCUCCUUAAUCAAUAAUGACUGAUCAGUGUAGGUCAAUGGGCAGUGCAAUAAAAGAGGUUUUCCCAAACGCAACACACAGAAAUUGUUUGUUCCAUGUGAAGAAGAAUUGCGAUGACAGAAAUGGACCAACAUUUGCAGAGAAUGAAGGGUUGUAUGAGGAUAUGCAAGA